UUGAUAUAUAACUUUCAAGAAUGUCAUUCUCAUGUUACAAAGUGUUACUAUUUAGAAAUAUUUUUGGAAAGACUAAAUUUCCAAGAUUUUCUGUUGUUUCUCCGAGAUAUUUAUCGUUUGGGAACCAGGUUGAACAAUACGCAAAAGACGGUGCUGUUUGCUUACGUGGCUGCUUUAGUCAACGUUGGGUUGACACAGUCAAACGGGGUAUACAGAAAGUGUUUGAUAAUCCCAGCAAGUAUUCGGAGAAAAUCCCCUCGGAUAGUGGGAAGGGUGUUUAUUUUAAUGAUUAUCUUCAAUGGAGAAAUAUAGAAGAAUUUCAGGAGUACAUCAGAGAUUCACCAGCCCCUGAAAUUGCAACAACAUUUUUGCAAGAAGAGGUAUUUGGUAUUUAAUUGAGUGUAUUCGGUCUGAUAAAAGCCCAAAAGGGUUUCUGAAAGAUCUGUAGCCCUACGUAUAGAUUAUAAAAAUGUAGAUAGUUAAAUUUUAUUGUUAUUUGGAAAAUUGGGCGAAAUAAAUAAAUAAACUAUAUAUAAUCAAAAUUCCUCGUCAGCAUUUAGCAUGAGUCGUCGUGGCAUUUAACCCCCUUGACCCCUGUGCAGCCUAGUCCCUAGGCUUCUUAGUACGCCUAUUUUGCGUUUCUGCAUAUUAAUGAGGUGUUUCGCUCGGUGACGUCACGCAAAUCAAAAGCGUGCACAGAGGACUUGGGACUAGUCUGACCCUUGUGAAGGCAAGCAGGGGUUACUAAUAAUAGGGUGUGGUCAUGCAGUUUGGGUGGAAGUAAAUGGAACACCCAACAUUUAAAAACUGGUGUUAGGCAAAAUAAAAAAACAGAAUGUAGAAUGUUAAAAUUUUGCAUUAGAGCACAUAGCCGUCUUUGCUGCAUUAACAAAUGGGUAAAUAUUGAAGUCUGUUUAUGCUUGCAGACUGCAGUGGCCCUCUGCCAGUGCUGGCCCGAACCUGCAUUGGGAAGUUGUCCAGAAGUCAUGGACAUGUGAUAUGAUGUUUUGUAUUUCUUAGGAGGUAGCCUUCUACCAUGAACAUGUUUUUAUAAAAGAAAGUUUCAAUGAAAGUGCAACCCCCUGGCAUCAUGACCAGUCAUAUUAUCCAAUUGAUGGUUGGCAGGUACUGUACUUUACUGAACAGGAAAAUAAGUAAAUACUAUUUAUCACAGGGGGCAAAGCAGCGAUAGGAAGAAUUUAAACUUGUUAACAAUGAUUCCAGUACAGACUGUAGAGUGAGCAUCGGCAAUGGACAUUAGACAAGUGAUGCUAUUGCUACAGUGCACAAUGCAGUAAAAAUUAUUACCACUGGGAAUGACAUAACUGUACAUACUCCCCCUCCACCCCCAACCCCUUUCCAUGCAAAUUGCUAACAUUAAUUUGUCUUUGUCAUAAAGUUGUGUGUGCGAAAGAGAAACUCAAUUUAUAAUUACAGAGAAAAUAAGGAAAGGAAUAGGCUAUUCCAGGCUAUAGACUAAAUUUUGAUCUAGGCACUGAAGAACAAAAUCCAUCACCACAGCUAGAAAGAGCAUGUUGAAGUUAGUACAAUUGCAAAGUUUGGUUGCGAAAUGUUGUAAAAUGAGGAAAAUAUAGCCCUGUGAAGUUCGGCAAAGUUUUUCAGUAUAGAUUUGUAUUACGCGCGUGAAAAAUAAUCACUUUCGGCUCAAAAAUGGUUAUUUUCACGCGCGUAAUGCAAAUAUAUACAAAAUUUGCGAACUUCAUAGGGCUAUAUUGUCCUCAUUUUACAACAUUUCGCAACCAAACAUUGCAAUCUUACUCAUUUUAACAUGCUAUUUCUAGCUAUGGUGAUGGAUUUUGUUCUUCUUGCCUACAGUAGAUCAAAAUUCAGUCUACAGCUGGAAUUGCCUAUUGCGGCAGUAGUGGAAAACAGGAAUAAUAUCUUAUAACUAUUAUCUCACCCCUUUAAUAUAAAAUUUUAAAAAACCCAUAAAAAUACGUAUACAUUUAUUUUACCCCCAUAUAUAUUAGAACUGUUCUAUAUGGAUGCCAGUUACGCCUGUUGAGGCAAAAACCAUGCAGUUCAUCAAAGGGUCUCACAAAUGGGGCAAGUGGUUUGCUCCGCGAUAUUUCGAGACUGCAGAAAACUACAAUAUUGAAAAGGAUGGAACUGAAAGACAUUAUGAAACAGUGCCUGAAAUAAAUGAAGAGCAACACGAAAUAGUAUCUUGGCAAAUGGAGGUAAAUUAACUUUUUAAAAUUUUGCCUGGACUCUGAAUAUUCAAUACGCAUUGACAAUGGAAACAUUGUUUACUAGUAGCCAUAAUGAUAUUCCAAAGUAGGCUAAGAAGCCAGAAAAUCAAGCUCUGCUCUCAGGGUAAGCCAGAACAGAAAGCAUUUGUCAAAAACGUUAUCUCAAAAAUAAAUACUGCGAGAAGCCAAAGGUCUAAAGCCUUGGGCAAACUAUGAAACAUUGUUGCGGAAACAUUGUGAUUCUGUGUUUGCCCACCCGUGGAAACAUCGUUGCAGAAACACAAUUUGCUUCCCGAGAAGCAGAAGUGUUUCCUAUCAAAUUCAGAAACAUUUCAUGUUUCCCAAGUGCGAUUUUUGUUUCCGCCUAGUGUUUGCCCACCUUGGGAAACAUGGCGAAACAUUGCCAUGAUUGGCAGGAAACAAUGUUUCCGCAACAAUGUUUCCUAGUUUUCCCAGGGUUUUAUAGUCUGUCAACUUAUCAAACUUGAUUUCCAUCUGUUUAGCCUGGUGAUUGUCUAGUGUUUCACAUGAGAGCAGUACACGGAAGCUACACUACCAAUACGUCAAGCACUUCUCGCCAGACACUAGUUACACGAUGGUUAGGGAGUGAUGCAACUCUGGCAAGACGGCCUUGGAAAACUUCACCGCCUGUGAAACCUAGUGAUAUUACGUUUGGUGGUCUUGUGAAAAACAGUCAAGAUUUCCCUGUAUAUUCUCGCGUAAGCAAACGCUAUGUCGACGGGUUUCAGUAAAACCUGGAUCAAAAAGAGGAUUUAAAAAGACCCUGCGUAUUUCAAAAUAAUACUCGAUAGACCUUACCGGCGUUUAUUCAUUUUUUACCCAAUGGCCUCGUUUUUGUGUUUGCCAGUUUGGCGCACAUGAAGGUUAUAUUCCCACAAGUGUUUCCUUCACGAUUUGGUUCCUCGUUGAUCUUAAGCCCAAUAACAAGUACGUUCUUUGAGUUCUUAAUCAUAUUGUGCACGAAACACGAGUAAAUACCUGACACAAAAACGAGGCCAUUGGGUCAAACGUCAACAAACGGUAAGUACUAAGGUCUAUUUCAAUUCAUCUUAUCAGUCAAAUAUAUUUAUUGAGAACAUUACAUUAUAUAAUUAAUAUUAUAUAUAAUUAUAUAUAAUUAAUAUUAUGUAUAAUUAAUAUGAACUCAAAUGGCAUAAGCACAAACGAGACGCGAAGUCCCAUGCAAGGUGCAAACCCCGAAGCAGCGAAUACGUACAUAAAUAUAAAUACAC